GGACCACUUCCUCUCAGUCUGUCCAACCACUCUCACUGUUGACCUCCUCGAGAAGUCCCUCCUAGCGGCCGAGAAGAGCAUAGUCGCUCUAGGGGCCUCUCGUGGUGACCCGCGCACCCCCAUCUUUGAGGGGUGUUCUCCCCUCCCCCCUACUACCCUCUGUUGCCUCUGCUGCUGCGGCCGACCUCCUUGUCUUGAGUCGGUCGGUGCGGCGUCUGCCCCUAGCGAGAGACGCCGCUCUGGCAAGGGCAAGGGGGGCAGGGGCACUGGAGGGGCGAGCGGGGGCGGUGGAGGUGGAGGUGGAGGCGGCGGGGGGAGUGGGGGUGGCGGUGGGAGUGGUGGUGGGGGUGGAGUUGUCGGUGACGGCAGUGGAGGUGGAGGCGGCGGCGGCGGUGGCGGUGGGAGCGGAGGUGGCGGAGGUGGCGGCGGUGGAGGAGGCGGCGGAGGCGGCGGUAGUAGCGGAGGCGGCGGAGGCGGCGGAGGCGGCGGGGGUGGCGGUGGAGCUGGUCGCGGGUCUACGCAGAGUAGUGGCUCCGGUGGUGGUCCGCGCCAGCAGCAGCAGCGCGGUCGUGAGACCCUGUCCCCUCAGCAGCUCCGUGAGUGGUACACUGCACGCCAGCGGGGUGGGGGUUUUGGUCCGUGCACCUACGUCCUGCGCACCGGCGACCAUGCGGGUGAGCAGUGUGGGGGUGCGCACCCCACCCAGCGCUGCUUUGGUCGCCUGACGGACGCGUGGCGUCACCAGUUCCCGGAGGCCACAGAGAUCCCUCGCUGGGGCGAGCUGUCUCGGGCGGGUGUUGCCAUCUAUGAUCUUGAUUUUGAUGCUAUUCUUUCUGCCAUGUAUGCUGUGUCUAUUAGUGAUGAGGGUGACUGUUACCGGUGUUUCCCGCCCGAUCCGGGCAUUGAGACUGCUGCUCUAGGUACUGGUGAGGCGGCUGCCCUAGGUGCUUGCGACGCUGCUGCUCUAGGUGCUAGUGCGUCUACGUCCUCAGGUACUGGUGAGUCUGCGCUCUCAGGUACUACGUCGGCUUCGGCCUCCCUCACUUUCACCCUUGACUCUGGGGCUUCUCGCUCCUUCUUUCGGGACCGCACCACACUCACGCCGCUUAGUCGGCCCGUUGCGGUGUCUCUGGCUGACCCCUCUGGGGGUCCUGUCCUGUCUCACUUCUCCACGGUCCUCCCGUGUCCGGCGGCUCCCUCUGGCACCUUGUCUGGUCUCUACCUCCCCUCGUUCUCUACGAACCUGGUGAGUGGUGCUGACCUACAGGAUGGGGGAGUACACCAGUUCACUCCUGCGCGUCAGCGGGUGACCCACUGCACAGAGGCUAGCAAAGGCCGACACCUCGCUACGUUUACACGUCAGCUGGGGUCGAGCCUGUACACAUUGACCACUGCGUCUCCUCCAGUUGUUGAGUCUGGUAGGGUCACUGCGUCGGGUCAGGUGUUUGCUGCAGCGUCCAGGUCUGGUCAUGAGUCUGCCCCCUGUUCGUGUCGUCUCCUGUCUCACGAGACUCUCCUCUGGCACCACCGCCUUGGUCCCCCCUCUCUUCUUCGGCUCAGAGGCAUGGCCUCCCGUCUUCUUGUUUCUGGUCUCCCUCGGUCCCUCCCUCCCCUUCCUCAGGGCCCUGGCCCUACCUGUGUCCCCUGUGUCGAGGGGCGCCAGCGGGCUGCCCCUCACUCCUCCCAGUUUCCUCCGACAGAGACCCCGUUGCAGACGCUUCACAUGGACGUGUGGGGCCCAGCCCGCGUUCGUGGACAGGGUCACGAGCGCUUCUUCCUGCUCGUUGUUGACGACUACUCGUGUUACACCACAGUCUUCCCCUUGCGCAGCAAGGGUGAUGUCACUGAGACCUUCACGCUUCCGGACUCCCUGCAGCAAAAUGGGAUUGCUGAGCGCCGCAUUGGCAUGGUCAUGGACGUCGCUCGUACGUCUAUGAUGCAUGCGGCUGCUCCCCAUUCUCUGUGGCCGUUUGCGGUGAGGUACGCGGCGCAUCAGCUCAACCUACACCCCAGGGUCUCCAGGCCGGAGACCUCCCCAGCCUUGCUGUGGACGGGGAAGGUUGGCGAUGCGUCGGCGUUCCGGGUCUGGGGAUCUCGGGCGUUUGUCCGCGACUUGUCCGCGGACAAGCUGUCCCCUCGUGCUGCUCCUUGCGUCUUCCUGGGUUUCCCCCCUGACGCGCCUGGGUGUCGGUCCCCUACUACCGCCUCUUCCCCUACCGCACUCCGUCCCUCCCCCCGCCGCCGCUCUUCCUUGUACCAGGUCCCCCUCCAGGUAGACCCCCUCCCCCCUCAGGGUCCGUCCCCUUCAGGUGUGUCCCAGGUAGACGCAGUCGAGCCUGUCGAGGUCACUGGUGACUCUGGUGCUGCUGAGGGUGCUGAGCCUGGGGGUGCUGCGACUGGGGGUGCUGAGCCUGGGGAUGCUGAGCCUGGGGGUGCUGCGACUGGGGGUGCUGAGCCUGGGGGUGCUGAGCCUGGGGGUGCUGAGCCUUGGGGUGCUGAGCCUGGGGGUGCUGAGUCUGAGGGUGCUGCGCCUGGGGGUGCUGAGCCUGGGGGUGCUGAGCCUGGGGGUGCUGAGCCGGAGGGUGCUGAGCUUGGAGGAGUGCUGCUGGUACUGGAGGAUUCUUCGGCUGCUGAGGGUGCUGCUGUCGCGGGUCCCGGAGGUGCUCAUACUGGGAGUACUGGAGCUGCUGGGCCUGCGGGUUCGACUAGAGCUGGUGCUGCUGAGGGUGUUGGAGCUGAGACUACUACUGGCGGUCCUGCUGCGGGUACUCUUAGUGCUGCUGGCGGUUCUGGCGCUACUGGAGGUGCAGCUGGAGCGGGGGCUCCUGCUGGGGGUACUAGUGCUGUACCUGCUGUGUCUGGCGUCGCCGCGCCGCCUCGACCGUACUUCGUUCCACUCCUGCAGCAGCGUCAUGAGCCUGCGUCUCGCCCUUCGUCGCCUGUCCGUGCUGCUCGUGCUAGUGGUCGUGGUUCGUGUCAGCGUCCUCCUCCUGUCCUUGGCACGCACAGUAUGUCUCUGCGUCCGUCCACUGCUCCUCUGCGUGCCCCUUUGCCUUGUCCUCCUGGGUCCUCUCUUCCUGCUUUUGCCGGCCCGGAGUCGGACUCUCUUCGUUCUGCCAGUCCUACUGUCACGCGUCUCCUGGCUACUGCAGCUAUGGAUGCAGAGAUUGCUUCCUGGAAGUCCACAGGCACCUACGUUGACGCUGUUCCCCCUCCUGGGGCGAACAUCGUCAGUGAUAUGUGGAUCUUCAGGGUGAAGCAGCCGCCGGGUUCUCCGCCUAUCUUCAAGGCGCGUUACGUGGCUCGUGGCUUCAGUCAGCGGCAGGGAGUUGACUACUUUCAGACCUUCUCUCCCACCCCAAAGAUGACCACUCUUUGGGUACUGCUGCACGUUGCUGCUCACCGUGACUACGAGCUGCACUCUCUUGACUUCAGCACAGCUUUCUUGCAGGGCAGCCUGCACGAGGAGAUCUGGCUGCGCCGCCCACCUGGCUUCACUGGGUCUUUCCCUCCUGGUACUCAGUGGAGUCUCCGGCGUCCAGUCUACGGUCUCGGCCAGGCGCCCCGUAAGUGGCACGACACACUGAGGACUACGCUUGCGGCUCUUGGGUUUGCUCCUUCUACUGCCGACCCGUCGCUGUUUCUGCGCACCGACACCUCUCUGCCGCCGUUCUACAUCCUCGUGUACGUCGACGACUUGGUCUUUGCCACAGCUGACACUGCUGGACUCGCCUACGUGAAGUCCGAGCUGCAGAAGAGACACACGUGCACAGACCUGGGUGAACUGCGCAGCUACCUUGGCUUGCAGAUCACCCGGGACAGAGCACAGCGCACCAUUACUCUGACUCAGUCACACAUGGUGCAGCAGGUCCUUCAGCGCUUCGGCUUCACGUACUCCUCGCCUCAGGCCACUCCUCUGCCUACUCGCCACUCGCUCUCAGCUCUGCCUUCGGAUGAGUCCGUAGAGUCGAGUGGCCCGUAUCCAGAGCUUAUUGGCUGCCUCAUGUACCUGAUGACCUGCACACAACCUGACCUUGCAUACCCUCUUAGCAUUCUCGCACGCUAUGUUGCUCCUGGUAGACACCGACCAGAGCACAUGGCUGCAGCGAAGAGGGUGUUGCGCUACUUGUGCAGUACGUCGGGCAUGGGGCUAGUGCUUGGAGGGCGGAGUCCAGUGGUCCUCACUGGGCACGCGGACGCUUCUUGGGCUGACGACCAGGCUACGCAGCGGUCGUCGCAGGGCUACACCUUCAGCCUUGGUUUCGGCUCUGUUUCGUGGCGGGCUACUCGCUCGUCUUCUGUUCUCGGCUCCAGUUGUGAGGCUGAGAUCUACGCCGGGGCCAUGGCUGCACAGGAGCUUCGCUGGCUCACCUACCUGCUGACCGACCUUGGAGAGCCACCUCGUUCUCCUCCAGUCUUGUACGUAGACAACAAGGCCAUGCUGGCCUUGUGUCGAGAGCAGAGACUGGAGCACAGAACAAAGCACAUUGCUCUUCGCUACUUUCUUGCUCGUGAGCUACAGCAGCAUGGUCAGUUGCGGCUUGACGUAUGUGGCCUCUGA